UGGUGGUGGUGGUGGUGGUGGUGGCGGUGGCGGCGGUGGCUGUGGUGGUCAGGCAGCAAAACAUUCUUUUUCUUCAACAGGGCGUGAAGUGGCAGCUGGUGACUGUAGUGGUGGUGACGCUACUGGUGACGGAGGCGCGGAAGGCGAGCGGAAGGCGAAUAAACGCGACGAAUGAGGAGACCAGCUUACAAACGUCACUAACUGGUGGUAGCGAUGGGGAGGAUGGCAACCUGAUGAAAAUCAUCAAACACCCAGUGGGCCCUGAAACACUCACAAGGCGCCGGAAGGUUCAAAAGUCUGGCCUCUCACAAGACCUAACCUCACCGCUGCUGCCACCCCAGGCACCCGGCACAGACCAGCUCCCCGCGGCCUCCCCACCUCAGGACCUCAACACGAAAGAUGGAGGAAAGGAAUUAAGAUGCGAGAAAAACACGUGUGAAAACAAUAAGGAAACAAGAAGACAACCCAGACGACGACGUGAACGCCGCAGAAAGAAGAGGAGGAGGAGGAGAAGGAGGAGAAGGAGGAGGAGGAGGAGGAGGAGAAGGGAGAAGUACUGUAAAGGUGGUAUCUGUUUUUGUGAAACCGGUUCCUGUCCAUCCGCUUCCUGUCAGUCUGGGCUGUGUGCCGCAGUGGGCCCGCCCGGCCCGCCCGGAGCUCCUGGCCAACCAGGCCACGGGGGCCAGCCAGGAGAACCAGGUCAUAAAGGUGACUCAGGUGGACCAGGCGAACCAGGUCACUGGGGCGACCCAGGUCAGCCCGGUGAAAAAGGUGAGCCAGGCUAUCCAGGUGAACCGGGCCAGAUAGGUGUAUCAGGUCAGCCAGGUGAACCAGGUCAAAAGGGUGACCCAGGCUAUACUGGCGAACCAGGUCAGACAGGCGAGCCAGGUCACCCGGGAGAGCCAGGUCAACGAGUCGAACCAGGUGAAUGGAAACAACCAGACGAACCAGGCACGCUGGACAGUUCAUGUGGACCAGGCGGUAACUGUAAGUAUGAGUACGAGUAUGUGUACGUGGAUGACGACAGCGAGGACGGGCACGACGGCUUGGAGGACGCUCCGGACUUUGAGGAGGAUACUGGUGACUUCGAGGAUGAGGCUGAUGGCCUUGAUGGUACUGCUGGCGACGAUGACAAUACUGGUGACCAAGAGGAUGAUACUGGUGGCCACAAAGAUAAAACUGGUGGCCCCGAAGAAGUCAUUAAGGAGCUUAAAAAGACUAGAUAAAUGUAUGGAUGGGGAUGAUUAGUGGAAAUAGGUAAGCAUGUUUUGUACAGGGACUGCCACGUGUACGCCUGAUGGCUUCUUGCUACUUCCCUUAUUUUCUUUAGUUCUUACGUUUAUUUAUUUGUUUGUCUAUUUAU